GGGUGGGAAAGAGUUCCCAAAGUCAUAGCUCCUUUUAGGCGGAUUUAGAAGGCAUAUAAAGGGCCCUGGCUGAAGACUUCCUUCCUCAUUCUGCAAUUAGGGCCAGAACACUCCAUCCUCCGCGGAGAGAAAAUGUCCAUCCAAGUCGAACAUCCUGCUGGUGGUUACAGGAAACUGUUUGAAACUGUGGAGGAACUGUCCUCGCCGCUCACAGCUCAUGUUACAGGCAGGAUCCCCCUCUGGCUGACCGGCAGUCUCCUUCGCUGUGGGCCAGGACUCUUUGAAGUUGGAUCUGAGCCUUUUUACCACCUGUUUGAUGGGCAAGCCCUCUUGCACAAGUUUGACUUUAAAGAAGGACAUGUCACGUACCACAGAAGGUUCAUCCGCACUGAUGCUUACGUACGGGCAAUGACUGAGAAAAGGAUCGUCAUAACAGAAUUUGGCACCUGUGCUUUCCCAGACCCCUGCAAGAAUAUAUUUUCCAGGUUUUUUUCUUACUUUCGAGGAGUAGAGGUAACUGACAAUGCCCUUGUUAAUAUCUACCCAGUGGGGGAAGAUUACUAUGCCUGCACAGAGACCAACUUCAUUACAAAGAUUAAUCCUGAGACCUUGGAGACAAUUAAGCAGGUUGAUCUUUGCAACUAUGUCUCAGUCAAUGGAGCCACUGCUCAUCCCCACAUUGAAAAUGAUGGAACUGUUUACAACAUUGGUAAUUGCUUUGGGAAAAAUUUUUCAAUUGCCUACAAUAUUGUAAAGAUCCCUCCAUUACAAGCAGACAAACAAGAUCCAAUAAGCAAGUCAGAGAUCGUUGUACAAUUCCCCUGCAGUGACCGAUUCAAGCCAUCUUACGUCCAUAGUUUUGGUUUGACACCCAACUAUAUUGUUUUUGUGGAGACACCAGUCAAAAUUAAUCUGUUCAAGUUCCUUUCUUCAUGGAGUCUCUGGGGAGCCAACUACAUGGAUUGUUUUGAGUCCAAUGAAACCAUGGGGGUUUGGCUUCAUAUUGCUGACAAAAAAAGGAAAAAGUAUCUCAAUAAUAAAUACAGGACUUCACCUUUUAACCUCUUCCAUCACAUCAAUACCUAUGAAGACAAUGAGUUUCUGAUUGUGGAUCUCUGUUGCUGGAAAGGAUUUGAAUUUGUUUAUAAUUAUUUAUAUUUAGCCAAUUUACGUGAGAACUGGGAAGAGGUGAAAAAAAAUGCCAGAAAGGCUCCCCAGCCUGAAGUCAGGAGAUACGUACUUCCUUUGAACAUUGACAAGGCUGACACAGGCAAGAAUUUAGUCACACUCCCCAACACAACUGCCACUGCAAUUCUGUGCAGUGACGAGACCAUCUGGCUGGAACCUGAAGUUCUCUUUUCAGGGCCUCGUCAAGCAUUUGAGUUUCCUCAGAUCAAUUACCAGAAGUACGGUGGGAAACCUUAUACAUACGCAUAUGGACUUGGCUUGAAUCACUUUGUUCCAGACAGGCUCUGUAAGCUGAAUGUCAAAACUAAAGAAACUUGGGUGUGGCAAGAGCCUGAUUCAUACCCAUCCGAACCCAUCUUUGUUGCUCACCCAGAUGCCUUGGAAGAAGAUGAUGGUGUAGUUCUGAGUGUGGUGGUGAGUCCUGGAGCAGGACAAAAGCCUGCUUAUCUCCUGAUUCUGAAUGCUAAAGACUUGAGUGAAGUUGCCAGGGCCGAAGUGGAGAUUAACAUCCCUGUCACCUUUCACGGACUGUUCAAAAAAUCCUGAGCUCAUUCUAGUGUGAUGUUUCUGGUGACAAAACCCAGAGAAUCAUAGUCAGGUCUGCAAUCAAAUUCUGUUUAAUUUUAGACUGCAGUAUGUAAGGAUUUUAACUUGCAGAUGCACACAGUUUUGCAGUGUUUUACAGAAAGCACAGAGUUGAGUAAGCAACUCCUUUUAAAAAAAAAAAAGUAUAUGCUUAGAUAAUCAUACUUCCUCAGUGAGACAGGCAGAUCAUAACUAAAAGCUCUUUUUAUAUUUACAAUCAAAUAGAAAGUGAAUGUGGAUUUAUUAAACUGUUUUUUAUUCUUAUUAUAAAAAUGUAUUUUAGGUACCUCUCUGCUCCAAUUAUUUUUUGUUUAGUUGUUAAGUUGUUUGGUUUUUUUUUUUUCCCUUCUCGUUUAUUUCUUUUUUUUUAAUUGUUAUUUCCCCAAUACAAUUUUUUUUUUCUACUGUACAGCAUGGUGACCCAGAAAUCCAAUUAUUUUUUAACAUUUGAAAGCCAAAGUCUUCUACACCUGAUUUGUAUGUGGCUUUGCUGUGUCAAGGCGGUAAUCUUGCAAAAACGCUUAAUUACUAAAUGUCAAACCAAACUUUUGUUCAAACCAGGGAUUAUCAUCUAAGUAAUCGUUGUAAUUGUAUGCGUAUAUGUAUAACGGUUCAAAGGUUCUCAAGUUUUAUGAACUUUAACAUUUUCAUUUGGUAUAAGUAAUUACUACUGUUUCCGAUUUUAUAAUGAGAACACCUAUCUCUAAUUCACCAAGGGCUCUCAGCCAAAUAACAUUGCAGAGAUUGUUAUCUAUUAAAAGCUUACAUGACAAUAAAGCGAUUACUUAUAGUAGUGACUGCAGUUUAACAGAGCAUAAAAUACUUAGAGUUUCUAUUUAAAAUUAGAGUAUGGGAUAAUAAUAUAGAGGAGGUAUACCUUGUUGCUUCUUCUGUUUAAUUAUAUUUCAGCCCUGCACAAACACCUGACUGAAGAGAAAGUGAAAAAAGAGAAAAUGUUGUCAUUAACGUUCAGAUAUUCAUAUAUUUUAAGUACUUUUAUUUUACUUAUUCUGAGCUACAUAUUGCCCCCCAAAAGAAGAUUGACAAAACAAUUUUAUUCUGUAUCUUAAUCCUGGUAUCUAUUUUAUGCUCAAAAGUAUUACGUAGCAUUGCAUAUAAGCUGAUCAACAUUGUGUUUGACUAAGUAAAAAUAGCUUUAAGGAACAGAUUGACCAGAGUAUUUGAUGCAUCCAUUUCUUUAUUUAGAUAAAAUGCAAACUCAUUUUUUUAAUUGUAAAUAUUCAUUAAAACACACUUUUCAAGGAAAAUCUGGAAGUUACAAAAAAGUGGAAAUUAUAUAAUAAAAUCAUACAGAGCUCGUCUAA